AAUUGCUAAUUCUUACACACCGCAGCACGUACAUAUUUCCUCGUCUCCCGCUUCGUUUCUCUGUCUGAAGUUUGAAGCCCUACAUUGUGUGUUUCCUCUGUUAUCAUGAAGCUCGUCAGGUUUUUGAUGAAGCUCAACAAUGAGACCGUCUCAAUCGAACUCAAAAAUGGAACUGUUGUCCAUGGCACUAUCACAGGCGUGGAUAUUAGCAUGAAUACACAUUUGAAGGCUGUGAAGCUUACUCUGAAGGGGAAAAAUCCAGUUACCAUGGAUCAUUUAAGUGUGAGGGGUAACAACAUCAGAUAUUAUAUUCUACCUGACAGCUUGAAUCUUGAGACUUUACUUGUUGAAGAGACACCCAGGGUCAAGCCCAAGAAACCAACUGCGGGAAGGCCUUUGGGACGUGGGCGGGGACGUGGCCGUGGUCGUGGUCGUGGGCGUGGACGCUAGAUUUGUUGCAGUUGUUCCAAUUUUUGUGUCCCGUAGUGUAAACACUUGUAUUGUAGGGAAAGUUUAUGAAUUUAGUGACGUGGAGAAGUGGUAUAGCAAUUCCCUGUCCAAUCUCAUCAUUUUUACAAUGCUAUCUAGUUUUUUUUCCUCCGCUAUUAGUGAUUUACUCUAAUAUCAUCACAGUGAUCAAACUCAGCCAUGUGUUUAGAUUGUUAUCUCAUUUUUUUACUUUCAACUCCGAAAGAUGUUAUCAUGCAGUGGUUGAGUUGGUUACGAUGAAUAUCAACUUGUUUCA